AUGGCAUCCAAACUUACUGUUGUGGUAAUUGGAGCUGCGGUAGCUGGGAUCAAAGUCAGCCAUGGCUUGCUUAAACAAGUACCAAGUGUGAGAGUCAUCCUUAUCAAUCCUCACAAGGACUACUACUUCAAUAUCGCCUCCCCCCGGGUGAUGGCCAAGCCCGACGCUUUUCCCGACAACCAGUACUUACUCCCGAUUGAGGAUGCAUUUUCAAAUUAUCCGGCACACUCUUUCCAGUUCAUUCAAGGAACAGUCACAGAUAUUGAGCCUGAGAGCAAGCAAGUGGUUAUCGCAGGAUCCAAAGUGUCUUUGAUCUCCUACGACUAUCUGGUGGUGGCUUCCGGGAGUACAACCUCUGCUACGAUCGGGAAGGAGAGUGCAUUAGUCCCAUUCAAAGCUACUGUCUCAGGCUCAUUGGCUUCUGCAAUCAAAGAGGCUCAGGAGGCCAUCCAAAAGGCGAAUAGUAUCAUAAUCGGAGGUGCUGGGGCAGUUGGAGUUGAAUUUGCUGGCGAGCUUGCUGAAGCUUGGGCUGGCAGGGGAGAAAAGUCACCAUCAAUUUCCCUAGUGCCAGCAACGGAGCACGUCUUUCCUAGACUGAAUGAUGCAGCUGGAAUGGCUGCGGAACGUCUUCUAAAAGAGAAAGGCGUUCAGCUGCUUCUAUCACGGAAAGUAACAAAAUCAGAGCAAGACCAGGCAGCGAAGAAAUGGAUCGUGACUUUGGAUAGCGGUGAGGUGCUCACUGCGGAUCUCUACGUGUCUACCACUGGUGUGACCCCUAAUAGCAGUUUCAUUCCUUCUAUCUUCCUUGACAAGGACGGUUGGCUUGAAGUUGAUGACCAGUUACGAGUCCAGGCAGCUGUCAAUGAUGGAAAGUGCACCAUUUAUGCACUAGGUGAUAUCACAUCCCAUCCUUACCGCGAUGGCUACAGAAUCACCGACCAGGUUCCUGUGAUUGUGACAAAUCUCAAAUCCGAAAUCACUGGCCGGGGCCGGCGAGCUACCUACAGUCCUAGCGAUAAAGCCAUGGCGAUUGUUCCGGUGGGGAAGUCUGGGGGCACGGGUCAGUUCGGAAGCUGGGUGCCUUGGAGCUUCUUGGUGGCCUUUCUCAAAGGGAGGGAUUUCUUCAUCUCCAGGGCGUCUUCGUUUAUCAGGGAAUAG